AUGGGCCUCAACGCCGUUCGCUUCAUCAGCGUUGUUGCCCUCUUACUCGUCUUCUCGAGCAGUAUCUUCGUCAUGGUCAACGACAUUCGUGCCGUGAACCACUUCAUGGCCGCCAAGCAGGACGGCAACGCCACCAUGGUCAAUUGUGACUACAUUGAGAACAGCACGGUUCCUAACCAAGCAGCAGGCGUCUUCUGGGCAAUUCUCAACCGGCUACUCAUUAUCCUCGAGGUCAUCACCCUCCUCCUCGCUGAGCUCCCUCCCGCUUUCAUGCAGACAUUCUUCAUCUCCUACUUCCCGGUGCUCGGCCCCGCCUUCGGCCUCGGCGCUCUCGGCAUCUUCCAGGGCCUCAUCGGCGCCACGAUCCUCUCCCACCACGUCGACGACUUCACGCUCGUCGCCGCCUUCUUCCUCUUCUCCGUCGGCUGCCUUAACAUGUUCCUCGGUCUCAUCUUCCGCGAGAAGGCCAAGGAAAAGCGCUCCAUCCGGGUAUGGAAGGGCGAGAAGAAGAGUGUGCUCCCGACGAGCCUCGACCAGCGCCCGCAGUUCCAGAACUCGCCUUCUUUCGUCCACUCCGUCUUUAGCGAGAAGACCCUUGCACCCUCGGACCCGCCCAUCUUCGAGAGGAGCAACAGCCGCGGCGAAGGCUAUGGUUUCGGACGCCAGGGCGAGAAGGCCGCAGGACUGAAGGGAUUCCUCAUCUCCAAACCCCUUGAAAGCCUGCCGCGUUACGCCGCCCGUCCUUCAAGCAACCACAGUGCACACCGAUCCGACGGCGGCAGUGGCGACGAGGAGGUUUACGCGCCCCCGCGUUCCAAGCCCGGCUCGCGCUCCCACUCGCGUUCGGGCAGCUCGAGCAGCGCAGGCUCUUCCCACUACAGUCAACCACCCUCUCGUGCCGUGACUCCUAUCCCCACCUUCCACUCAAGUCCCACUGCCAUCUGA